CACAGCUCUUCUCUCCAAGAAGACUCAGCCAGACCCACUCCAGCUCCGACCCUAGGAGACCGACCUCCUCCAGACGGCAGCAGCCCCAGCCCAGUGGACAACCCCAGGAGCCACCACCUGGAGCGUCCGGACACCAACCUCCGCCCCGAGACCGAGUCCAGGCUCCGGCCGCGCCCCUCGUCGCCUCUGCACCCCGCUGUGCGUCCUCCUGCCGCGCCCCGACCAUGCUCGCCUCCGUCGCGGGUCCCGUUAGCCUCGCCUUGGUGCUCCUCCUCUGCACCCGGCCUGCCACCGGCCAGGACUGCAGCGCGCAGUGUCAGUGCGCAGCUGAAGCGGCGCCGCGCUGCCCCGCCGGCGUGAGCCUGGUGCUGGACGGCUGCGGCUGCUGCCGCGUCUGCGCCAAGCAGCUGGGAGAACUGUGCACGGAGCGUGAUCCCUGCGACCCACACAAGGGUCUCUUCUGCGACUUCGGCUCCCCCGCCAACCGCAAGAUUGGCGUGUGCACUGCCAAAGAUGGUGCACCCUGUGUCUUCGGUGGGUCCGUGUACCGCAGCGGCGAGUCCUUCCAAAGCAGUUGCAAAUACCAGUGCACUUGCCUGGAUGGGGCCGUGGGCUGUGUGCCCCUGUGCAGCAUGGACGUGCGCCUGCCCAGCCCUGACUGCCCCUUCCCGAGAAGGGUCAAGCUGCCCGGGAAAUGCUGUGAGGAGUGGGUGUGUGAUGAGCCCAAGGACCGCACAGUGGUUGGCCCUGCCCUAGCUGCCUACCGACUGGAAGACACAUUUGGCCCUGACCCAACUAUGAUGCGAGCCAACUGCCUGGUCCAGACCACAGAGUGGAGCGCCUGUUCUAAGACCUGUGGGAUGGGCAUCUCCACCCGGGUUACCAAUGACAAUACCUUCUGCAGGCUGGAGAAGCAGAGUCGUCUCUGCAUGGUCAGGCCCUGUGAAGCUGACCUAGAGGAAAACAUUAAGAAGGGCAAAAAGUGCAUCCGGACGCCUAAAAUUGCCAAGCCUGUCAAGUUUGAGCUUUCUGGCUGCACCAGUGUGAAGACCUACCGGGCUAAGUUCUGUGGGGUGUGCACGGACGGCCGCUGCUGCACACCGCACAGAACCACCACACUGCCGGUGGAGUUCAAGUGCCCCGAUGGCGAGAUCAUGAAAAAGAACAUGAUGUUCAUCAAGACCUGUGCCUGCCAUUACAACUGUCCCGGGGACAAUGACAUCUUUGAGUCCUUGUACUACAGGAAGAUGUAUGGAGACAUGGCGUAAAGCCAGGGAGUAAGGGACACGAACUCAUUUAGACUAUAACUUGAACUGAGUUACAUCUCAUUUUCUUCUGUAAAAAAACAAAAAGGAUUACAGUAGCACAUUAAUUUAAAUCUGGGUUCCUAACUGCUGUGGGAGAAAACACCCCACCGAAGUGAGAACCGUGUGUCAUUGUCAUGCAAAUAGCCUGUCAAUCUCAGACACUGGUUUCGAGACAGUUUAGACUUGACAGUUGUUCACUAGCGCACAGUGACAGAACGCACACUAAGGUGAGCCUCCUGGAAGAGUGGAGAUGCCAGGAGAAAGACAGGUACUAGCUGAGGUCAUUUUAAAAGCAGCGAUAUGCCUACUUUUUGGAGUGUGACAGGGGAGGGACAUUAUAGCUUGCUUGCAGACAGACCUGCUCUAGCAAGAGCUGGGUGUGUGUCCUCCACUCGGUGAGGCUGAAGCCAGCUAUUCUUUCAGUAAGAACAGCAGUUUCAGCGCUGACAUUCUGAUUCCAGUGACACUGGUCGGGAGUCAGAACCUUGUCUAUUAGACUGGACAGCUUGUGGCAAGUGAAUUUGCCGGUAACAAGCCAGAUUUUUAUGGAUCUUGUAAAUAUUGUGGAUAAAUAUAUAUAUUUGUACAGUUAUCUAAGUUAAUUUAAAGACGUUUGUGCCUAUUGUUCUUGUUUUAAGUGCUUUUGGAAUUUUUAAACUGAUAGCCUCAAACUCCAAACACCAUCGAUAGGACAUAAAGCUUGUCUGUGAUUCAAAACAAAGGAGAUACUGCAGUGGAAACUGUAACCUGAGUGACUGUCUGUCAGAACAUAUGGUACGUAGACGGUAAAGCAAUGGAUCAGAAGUCAGAUUUCUAGUAGGAAAUGUAAAAUCACUGUUGGCGAACAAAUGGCCUUUAUUAAGAAAUGGCUUGCUCAGGGUAACUGGUCAGAUUUCCACGAGGAAGUGUUUGCUGCUUCUUUGACUAUGACUGGUUUGGGAGGCAGUUUAUUUGUUGAGAGUGUGACCAAAAGUUACAUGUUUGCACCUUUCUAGUUGAAAAUAAAGUAUAUAUAUUUUUUAUAUGAAA